AUUGAUCGAUUGAAAAUUGAAUAUUUUGCGUAGGAGAAAAUUCACUGAUCAGUAUUCAUUGAUACAAUUUUCUAUGAAUGACAGAAGAUCAACCUGUUUCUAUCUGGAAGCACGCAUUUUCAACAGCUGUCGUUAAAAAUUUCUGAAGGUAUACAACAUAUUGAGGAUUUCCUGGUCAAAAUUCUGAGUUGGAAAUUAUAAAGUGACACUUGAAAAUGGGUUGUGAAAACCGUUUUCAGGUUUUGUGUUAUGAACAAGUUUUGCGGUUGCACGAAGUUAUGGAGGAUGUGAUUCCAAUCCACGGACGGGGAAAUUUUCCAACUUUGGAUAUUAAGUUGAAGGAUUUGGUUAAAGCAGUAAGAGAGAAACUGCUUAAAGAAGGUGUAACGAUAAAAGACAUUAGAUUAAACGGAGGUGCAGCAAGUUACAUUUUUGGUACCGAAACCGUAAAAUCCUACAAUGACUUGGAUUUGAUUUUCGGUGUGGAUCUAACAAAUCAUAACGAGCUUCAGAAGAUAAAAAAUUGCGUUCUUGGUUGUCUCUUGGAUUAUUUGCCAGAUGGAGUUAACAAAGAAAAAAUGAGCAGUUGCAGUUUGAAGGAAGCAUAUGUUCAGAAAAUGGUAAAAGUUUGUAAUGAACGCGGUGAUAGAUGGAGCUUAAUUUCACUUUCCAACAACAAGGGUAAAAAUGUGGAGUUAAAAUUUGUUGAUGCUAUGAAAAGGCAGUUUGAAUUCAGUGUAGACUCAUUUCAGAUCAUUUUGGAUAGUUUAUUAACUUUCUAUGAGAUUUCGUCCGCGCCCAUGAGCGAACACUUCUAUCCCACUCUUGUUGCAGAAAGUGUAUAUGGUGACUUUUCAGAAGCUUGGGUUCAUUUGAAUAAGAAACAGAUAGCAACCCGCAAUCCUGAAGAAAUAAGAGGAGGUGGUCUUUUGAAGUAUUGCAAUUUAUUGGUGCGGAGCUACACGCCAGCUGAAAAUGUAAACUGUCAAGCUAUGGAAAAGUACAUGUGUUCUCGGUUUUUCAUCGAUUUCAGUGAUUUAAAUCAGCAGAGACAGAAACUUGAGUCGUAUCUAAAUAAUCAUUUUAGUGGUGAAGAAAAUUUGAAACAUGAAUAUCUACUGACGCUUUAUCGAGUCGUCGAUGAAAGUACCAUAUGUUUGAUGGGACAUGAACGCAGACAGACUCUAAAUCUUAUCCACCAACUUGCCUGUGAAGUUCUUAUGGAACAGGAGAGAAAAGCACAUGCAAAAUAUCUUGAAAUGCAACAUUUCGACCAACUGAGCAAUUUGACAAUUGACCAAGUGUACUUUCAUAGUCCUCUAAAUUCUGAUGGAUGCCAGUAUUACAGUUACUUUCCAAAUGUUUAUCAAGUGAAUGGAUCAUCAAACUGUCCUCUAUGUCCAUCUUCGUUUCUACAGUGCUCAUAGUGAAUUUGGAAUGUGUCGUGACGAAUGGAGAUUGUUUGGAGACAUUUAAUUCAAAGGGAUGUAUUAAAACUACAAAAAUAUUUGCAAAGGAUUUAUACACCUUUAGAAUUUCAAUGUGGAUUAAUUGAUUAGUUUGGUCUGAAAGAUUUAUUAAGUAAAAAAAAUAUGUAAAACUGUAUGAAGAGACGAAAGGUGAAUGAAAACAAACAAAUAACUGCAAAAAAUAUUAAUUGGAUGUCAUAAUUUUUUUGUGGGUGAAUACAAGUUUGUGUCAGAGAACAUGAUAAAGAUUUUUUUGUGUGUAUUUGAUGUGAAAAUGAGAUUUAUUGGUGAAUGAUUUGACAGAUUUGGUGUAGCAAACAUUAAAUGUUACAUCUAUGUACAUGUAGUCUUUCAUUUAUUUGUCCUAUUAUGACAUCUUGUUUAUGUCUUUGUAUUAUUAUGUUAAGAACAUCUAUAUAUAUGCGUGUGUAAUUUUUCGCUCAAAUUUUGACUGAAAUUGGUCAACUACAGCAAAAAGAUUUUAUUGACUUGUUUAUUCAGUAAUUACAUCAUGUAUAUUUUUAUUAUUUACAGUUAUUAUUAAUGUGGUACAUAUAUAUGUACAAUGUUUACAAUAAAUUGCUUUUUUUGACUCUCAAUGAUACUACAGGUGUCGAUCCUCUCCAUGUAUCACAAGAUUAGAUUGAAUAAACUUCAGUGUAAAAACAUACCAAAAAUUAAAUGCUAAAAGUACAUGUUAUGUUUAAUAUGUACCGUUAAAAAAAAUAAUAAAAAGUGUGAAUGUUCAACAUGUUUAAUUUGGUAUGUCUCAUUUUUCAUUAGAAUAAAAUUGUAAAAAUGGAAAAAAUUAACAAGAAAAAAGAGAGGGACCAUAUACAUGGUCAUAGUGUAUAUUUUGUAAAUUAAGAGAACAGUGACAGAUUUCAGGUGAUGUUAGUAUAAAAAAGGGGGGGAUCUAAGAUGUAAUAGGUACUUCAUGUAAGGUACAAAAAUGUAUUUCAGAAUGUUUUUGUUUGUGUUGGAGCAACCAUCUUGUACGUGUACAAUGUAUGUUAUAAAUAUGGUCCUGUACAUUUGUACAUGUAGUCCCCCAAGAAGUUUUUUCUUUGGUAAAAGAUCUUGACUUUGUAAAUAAUAUAAAUAUAUAUAUAUACAUUUAAGAAUUUUCUGGUGCUGUCUUUAGCAAUAAAAUAUGUUGCCUUCUUUAAACAAAAUGGAAUAGUUCUAGAACAAAAGUAAAUGUGAUAGACACAAAAUGAUACCAUUAACAUUGAUUAAGAAGUAUUAGCUUUGACAGUCCUUUAAAAAUUGGAAAAAUUGAUUUUUAUCCUUGUAGAAAUGUACAUUAUGAUCAUCACAAGUGAUUAUUAACCUCCUAUUAUUGAAUAUUUAGGAAUAGUUGGAAUAAAGUUAAAUGAAAGUGAUAAUGACAAAUGUGCAAAAUUCUAUGAUGCUGCUACUUAACAUAAAUAGCAAAAUAAAAAAAUGGUGUAGUUUCUCUUUCCAAUAAGUAUGACGUAAAUUUGAGAAUAUAAAAUGAAUUCGUUGAAAUUCAGUAAUUAUAUUUUGCUUCAAAAACAUACAGUGCAUGUCAAUUGUAAAUGUAAUACCUAUAUUUAAAAACAACCUUGAUUGCAUUAAAUUGUUGAGAAAUCUUUAGAUGGAUUCAAUGUUAUUUAACUAAAUAAAUUUUUAGUUACAUGAAUUAAAUCUUUUACCUCAAAAGAAUAACACCUAUAAAGUCAUUCAGCGUGUAAGGUUGAAGUAAGAGAUUAGACCAAAGUGUUACCAGGUGUCAAGAUAGAUAAACAAAUAGUUGAUCAUAAUGUAUUUUCAUUGAAUUUAUGCAAACUGUGAUAUUUUAUUGGUAUCGUGUUGCAAUAUAUUACAAGCAGUGUUUUUUACUGUGUUAAAUGUAUUAUACUUGUUGAUAUCGUAUAGAUCAUGAUCGUUUUUUUGUUUGUUGAAUAUUUGUCUGUUGCAUAGACAUGAUAGACUUGAACAUUGUACUAAUCAAUGAAAUGCAUCAUCAAUUCUAUUAUCAUACUUAUUUAUUAUAAUAAAGUCUUCAUGACCCUAUAUGACAGAAUCUCCUAAUUUAUCGGACUUUGAUCCAAACAAAAGAUUGCAGAGAUUUAGCCUCUUGUUGCAACUUGCCAUGUUUAAUGAUGUAGGUAUUGGAAUUUUGAAAUUGGGAUUUUUAGAAAAUGCUACUGUGAAUGUUAAAGGUCAAAUUAAAUAUAUAUGUUAAAAAUAACUAUUAAGUCGUGAUCAGUUGGUUUGAAUGUCUUGACAAAUAAUUUGGAAGGUGGGGUGGGGGUUUAGAGCUCAUGAUAUAUAUACCAUACCACCAUGACCACUUACAAGCGUAAAAAUAAAAAAUAAAAUACAUGUUUGUACUGAUAUUUCUAAGCUACUGAACAAAAUUUUAUUUAAAGUUAUCAAAAUUAUUGAUUUGACAUUGAACUUUUCAGUAAACUAAAAGAAAUUUGUGUUAUUUGUUGUUAUUAAUCCAAGCUGCAUAAACUAGGCUUCAAACUUUCACAUUCAUCAGGAAAUAAGCAACACAUUGUUGAUCCAAACCUCAUGAUUACAGUUUAUGGAUAUGAAUUACAAUAUUUGGUAAAAAAGCAUGACAAAGGUAUGGUCUAUGAGAGUUCAAAGAAUAUAUAAAGAGUAGUGAUAGAAUUGAUGGUGUAUUUGUAGCAUCUUUUAUGAGGCUUUCAGGACGUUUGUGUCGUUUAUAAUGAUGGAUUAUAGUAGAUUAAACACCUUGUCAGUAACUGCCUUGGGAACAACAUGUAAAUGUUACCUGUACUAUUUUUUAUCUUCAAAACUUUUUCUGGUCAGAUAUCUUUGUAAAUUUGGUUUUGUGUCAACAAUUGUCCUUUAUUGAAAAUAUAAUAAAUGUACUGAACACGUACAUGUUCUAAAUCUUAAUCAACAUGUAUCUACAAGAUUUCAAAUUGAAUUUUGUAUGUAGCUUUUAAAGAUUUCAAUCUUCAAAUGUUUUUUCUGGUCAGAUAUACAUGCAUCUAUGUAAAUUUGUUUAAAGUCAACAAUCGUUCCUUAUUGAAAAUAUAAAUGUACUGAAUAAGUACAUGUACAUUGUAUCUACAAAUAGUAGCUUAUAAAGUAGCUUUUAAAUUUUUAUUUUCAAAAGUUUUUCUGGUCAGAUACAUGUACUGUGAUACAUGUAUCUUUGUAAAAAUAAAAUUGAGAUAAUAAUUGUCCAUUAUUGAAUACUGAACUUGUACAUGUUAAAAAUCGACAUGAAUAAAAGAGAAAGUUGGAUCAAAAUGUUUGAGUUAAAGAUUAUGAUGUCAAUGAUGAUCAAUAAAAUAUAUCCUUUUUAUUCUCACAUGAUAUACAUAAAAAUAUUUUCCUACAUUCAGUUGACUAAAUGGUUUUAGUAGGUUUAAAAUUUUGGUAUAUAAUAAAGCAUGAUAGCUUCCCAUGUUUUGUAAUCUCUCAUAACAUUUUACAAAUUAUGUUCAUGGCCCAUUUAAAUUUACUUGAAGAAAGGUUUUAAUCAGUAUUAAAAUAACAGUGACAUUGGUAAGCUAAUGUGGCUCACAUCCAAUUUAAAGUUUUUAAUAGACAACCUUGGAAUUUAAUGUAAAUUGUCCUACAAGGAAUACAUUCAGAUUUACGAGGCAUAAAUUAAUAUUUUUACAGGUGGAAUUUCAAUGCAAGCAUUGUAGUUUGAAAUCAUUAAAAUCUGAUGUAGAUUAUUAUUACAUGUUAUGAUGUAGGUCCAAUAUGCUUGUACCAUAAACAUUUUAUCAAGACCUGGGGACAAUGUGUUUAUACAUGUAUACUGCACCUGGUAACAGCUGGCCGGUGGUCUUUGCUAGUUUAUUUUAUUGAACUAUCACAGAUUUUGUGGCAUGCUUAUGUCCUGUUUUUCUGACCACUACCUUUGAAAAAAUAUUUCAGAUUUGUUAUUUUUUCACCCAACAUUUCCUUUUGCAUUUUUUGAUAAAGGGCCUUAAAAACUUUCGUACCUGUCCAGUACAAAGUUUUAUUGUUAGAAUAUCUUUAUACAGAACAUGCCCCCUAAAUAUAGAAAAAAAGGUAAAGCCUUAAUGAAAUCGGUCUCCUGCAAUUGCUGUUUUAACGAGGCCAGGGCAACAGAUCUUUUUCUACUUAUAUUUAGUUCGGCAACUUUUUCAUUGUUUAUUUGCUUGGGUGGAACAUGAAUCAUUCUUUCUGAAUUUGAUAGCAACAUGUAUGUGUAUCCACACUUUUGUGUAACAAGGCAUACAUAGAGUUAAUUAUGAAUUCUGUCAAUUACAUGUACACACUUGUAACUAUUCAUCAGGGAUAUAUGUAGAUAAUUGAUUCCACAUGAUGUUAUUAUCAACACAGUGCAGUUACAUAAAUGACAUAGCUACACUAGAAACAAAUUAUUUCACAUUUUGCUUUGACUAGCGCUCCUUCCUCAUACUGGGACUUUAAAUAUGAUUGCACUUUAAAUCAAAGUUGGCUGGGGGAGCUAUUCAGGAUAUAAUUCUGUUAGAGAAACUUAGUAUAACCUUUUCCUAUGUUCAGGGUAGCAAUUAUUUAAUUGAUAAUAAAAGUAAAUGAAUAUAAAUAGAAUGGAUUUAAAUUUUGCUCCAUACUCUCAGCUGGAUCCACAUUGCCUUUUGCAAAUGGUAUUCAUAUAUAUCAUACAAAUUUGCUAUACCUCAAGAUUUCAUCACCAACUAUUUGGGUUAUAAAUACUCUCAGACGUUUUGAAUUUAUUCAUAAAUUCUAUUCAUGAAUAAAUCGUCUGUGACCAUGAUAUUUUCCUGCUCUUUGGGCCUAUGAUUAUUUAAGGAUUAUACAUUAACGACGUAUUGAUGAAGUUGUGACAGCUGGUAGCAUGUAAUUCACAUUCAUUGUUUUCACUCCUUAGAAUACAUUACCAGUCUGAAUACAUGAAAUAGUUUUGUUGUUCUUAUAGUUAGGUACACCAAGGUUACUGACCUUUAAAGGGCUUUUUUAGAUGGGAAGACAAACACUGACCAAAUAAGGGGCGACAUGAAAGAAUCAGUGAAGGAUAAAAAACUUAAUUUAAAAAGUUUGGGGGUUGAGGGUCAAUUUGCUGCAAGUUUUGUAUAAAUUGACAUCGAUUUUACAUACAUCCUUAUUGGUCAAUCAAUUUUUCCCAAAUUAAGUUAAAAGGGGAGGGGGGGGGGGGGGGUCGUGAAAAAACUAUACAUAUGAAUUAAGUUUCUUAUCCUUCAUUGAACUUUUGAUGUCGUCCCUAAUAGAACAAAAGAUUAUUUUUUUUAAUUUGAUUUUAGUCUCUUUAUUUUUUAAUUUGAUACAUUGGACAUUUAGGAACCCUAUGUUAUUCAUAUAAGAAAUUUUGUAGAUGCUUAAUUUAUUUUUAAUCAUUACAGCUUCUCCUUGACCUUUAAGGAUUACAACAGUCCAUUUUUGUAAAAUUUAAUCGGAAAAUAUAAUUGCACGUUUAAUAAGAGCAGAUUCCAAGGUUGUCUGUUAUAAGAUUUUAACUGUCAAGUACAUAUUUAGUUCAUACAGUUACCCAUGCACAAGUAAGCGUAAAAAGGCAGCAGGUUUCACCAAAGGGUUUGAAUAGAAUUUCGUUAUCAUGUACAUGUAUCACUGGCUUACAGAAUGCAUCAACAAUUUCUAGUCUUCAAUUAUCUUGUACAAGGUGUAGGCUCCAAUUUAUAGUAAAAGAAAGCCUUUCUCAUAUAAUACUUGCAUUACUGGUUCAUUUCAACUUUGUAUUAAAAUUUUAACUGUAAGUGGCGCAGAAAAAGAAAGCUGAAAUAGAAAUCAUUUAUCCUCGCUAUCUUUAAUUUUAUUUUUUAAAACACACAAGAAAAAGUGUUGACUUGCCUUGUUUUAGUGAUAGGUGAAGCAAACUAGAAAUAUUGGAUGUUACACAAUAGCCUAUAAUAAAAUUCACAAACAGAUGUUAAUUCUUCCAUUAGGCAUAUUAGGCAUAAUUAAUGAUUUUACAGAAUUUGUCCCUUUUGGUGGUAAUACAAAUGUCAUUGAUGCUGUCUCACACUUUAGAAGUAAAAAAAAAUUUGAGCCUGCCAUGAUAAAUCUAUAUGAUUACGUCACAUUAUUGUCAUUUUUCUUGGUAUUUCAUCAAUCAUUAAAGAGAAAUCCAAGAAAAGUCCAUCUUAAUCUACAUGAUCUACAUUUUUGUUCAAAUUUUUCCGUCAUUAAAUCCCAAUCAUCUUCAUUAUUUAAGCCAGGGAGUUAUUGUAGAAAGUGUAUUAGGGAGAAGUGUUGGUCAGUAUUUUGUUGACAAAUGAACCAACUGUGAAUAUAUUGUAAUAAAAUGAUCUGUAUUGUAUUAAAGAUUGCAAAAACUUCUCCCUUAAUAUUGCAUUAGUCAAAAUUAGAAAUAGUGUCCAAAUUUACUCUGUGUUUAAAUAUACCAUUGAAAGUGCAUUUUUUGCAAGAUAUACUCCAAGGUUCAUUCUACAGCUAAAUCUUAUCUACAUUUUAACUUGAUAAACAACUAUCAAAUUUCAUUCAAAAUUCUAUUAAAAGUUGUUUUUAAAAUGUCCAAAUUACAAUGAGUAUCUUGAUAGACUGAUUUAAAGUCUGAUAACUGCACUAUCAAUGGUAUUUUUAGAUUCAGUGUAUUACAUUUUGUCCUAUUUAUAAGAUUUAUUUCAAUGUAACACUGCAGCCAUGUAAAGGCAGUUAGAAUGGUAAUUAUUGUAAGAUAAGGAUGCCAAAGUUUAUUGUACAGCUUGUGUAUAUUUUUUGUAUUUACAAGAUUUUUUUUCUCUAUUUUUGUGUGAUAAAUGCACAAAUGUUGUUAUAUAACUAUUCUACCAUGAAUGUUGAGAGGCAAGCAGUGUCCCUAUAUAAAAUAUAUAUAUUAUUGUUAAGACUACAAGUUAUAUCAAAAUUUUAAUUUCAUUGCUGGAUGAUUAUCUGUAUUAACACAGAAUUCCAGAAAUAAAAUAUUUUUGAAAACUA